AUACGUGAUGAUAGGUUUAGUUACUGACAAGACUUGUAAAAAGGACAAAAAUUAGUGUUCGUUAAAAUGGAAGGAAAAAUUUGGAGCAAAUUUCAGAGUAAGAAGACAGAUGGCUCAAUUCAAGAAUUCAGUGUUCGAGAUUGUACCCAAGAUCAAAUGGAAGAUGUCUUUGAUAUAUAUUAUAAUUAUUUCUUGACAGAUGAGUCUUUUCACAAACUGUCAGGUGUACCCUACAGUGAAGAAGCAAAAAUUGAAUGCAAACCACUUCUUGCGGAAAUGUUGAAAGAGAAAAGCAAUCACAUAGUUGUUUGUGUUGAAGAAAGCACAGGAAAUGUGGUUGGAGUUUCUAGUAUGAAACUUCAAAUCGGAGUUGAUGAUAAAAUGCCAAAAAUUAAGCUACAAAGUAAAGAAAUGGCCAAACUAUUUCAAAUGCUGAAUAGAAUGAUUGAUUUCUAUGAUAUUACUAAAAAAUAUUGCGUAGAAAAAUGGUAUGACGGGCGCGGAGUUAUAGUGCACCCAGAUUAUAGAAAUUUUGGUAUUGGCAGCGCUCUUGUCCAGUCUCGAAGAAAAAUAUGUAAGGAACAGAGAGUGCCAAUAACGUGUGCCUGGAUGACAUCAAUUGGUACACAAAUAGCAGCCGAAAGGGAUGGUUGGGAGACUGAAUUCGAAAUCGACUCACGGGAAUUCGCUAGACAGUUCGAUACAACGCCUUAUGAUGGAAUUGCUCCGACUUUUAAAGUCAUGAUGGGGAAGCCCUAGUGAAAGCUCCAUCGCGAACGAUGAUUUUGCAGGAUCAAGGAUGAGAAAAGCACGAUUAAAAACAAUUAAACAAAAGUGCGAAUGGGACUCGAAGAAGGUUCCAUUAAAUUAUACUGC